AUGCAUUGCUGUUGUCAAGCAAGGAAAUCACUUAACUUCGUGUGGCUUCAAGUAUGUCAGUAUUCUCAAGCAGAAAGACUUAAUCUUAGAAUUACUUUAAUGAAUACCGCAAAAAUUAAUCGUUUUGAUCGAAGCAUUAGAUAUCAAGCGAUAUGUGGUGUUAUGAUUCAAUCGUUGUGUUUAACAAAAAGUCUUCUUGUUGUCGAUUUAUUAUGUGGGAAAUAUAAAAGAACAUUCGUCAGAGUUGCUAAAAUUUCAUAA